AUGGCCAAUAGCACUGUUAUCAUGAAAAUGAAUGGGAGGUUUCUCGCACCGACGGUGAAUGCCCUAUCGGCCUUGAUAAAGAGGGAGAGUUUACCAGAACACAAAGCUGAGUUGAGCUCUCUUGCUUCCCGACGUCGGGCUUGGUUGCUUGGAGAGAUCGCAGAUAUUUCGAAGCCGUUCACAUACGAACUCCCACCAUCCGAUGUUCCCGAGGCAGCGGCAUUGACUUCUUUUCUUCGUGGACCAGACUCCAUGUACAUUAUUCGAGACUUUACAGGCAUUGCACAAGCUCGGUAUCGCGUCGCUCUGCUCACCCGAGCACUGAAAGCUACUGGGCUCACGAUGACAGCUGAGGGGCGUGGUAGAAACUCGUAUGUGCGGCUAGAAAAGGCGGUGCGGGGAUCACCGAAAACAGCAAUUGCCAGCGCACAAGGCCGAAAUCGUACGUUUGGAACGCAUAAUCCUUCCUGGUAG